AUGGACACAUCGGAUGUCUCCCUACGUCGGAAGCUUGGCGAAUUGAGCAAGAAACACGAGAUCCUGGAAUCAAAAUAUCGCCAUCUACAAGAAGUUGGCGCGAGAGAAGCGGAGAGAAACUUCGAUCGCUUGAGAAAACAAGCGGAAGAAAGAGCGCAGACCUCUAAAGAUCUGAUCUGGAAUCUCAAAACCGAGCUUGAAACCCAGGUGGGGCUUGCAAAGAGGGCCAGAGUUUAG